CGUGCUUGUGCGCGCGUGUGUUUAAGAAUCUUGCUAGUUUUUAAAACUAGCUAGAUUCUAGUUUUUAAAAGCAUGUGUUUUUAUAUAGUAGACUCGGUAGUUAUGAGAUCGUAUAAAAUGUAAUACUCAAAAUGUAAAAACACAUUCUAGUAGUAAGGAACAAGAUGUAUUCGGAACUUUUGAAUUUUCUUUUGUAUAUGUUUCAGUCCGGCCGAAUUUGAAUGAAACUCAUAGUACGCGAAAGCUGAUUUCGCCGGUAGAACACGCUAGAAACUUCUCGUGCUACUGACAGAUUAAUCUGUCUUUUAAAGCAGAAAAAUGUCGAUUUUUACACCAACAAACCAGAUCCGACUCACAAAUGUGGCAGUGGUGAGGAUGAAAAAGGGAGGAAAACGAUUUGAAAUCGCCUGUUACAAAAAUAAAGUGAUCAGUUGGAGAUCUGGAGCAGAGAAGGACCUGGAUGAAGUGUUGCAGACCAGCUCAGUUUUCAACAAUGUGUCCAAGGGUCAAGUUGCCAAGAAAGAUGAUCUGUCAAAAGCUUUUGGAACAGAUGACCUGACCGAGAUAUGCAAACAAAUUUUAGCCAAAGGUGAACUCCAGGUUUCCGACAAGGAGAGACAAAGCCAGUUGGAGACGAGUUACAGGGACAUUGCGACCAUCGUGGCUGAGAAGUGUGUGAACCCAGAGACAAAACGGCCGUACACAGUCAACCUCAUAGAGAGGGCAAUGAAGGAUAUCCACUACUCUGUCAAGCCCAACAAGAGCACCAAGCAACAGGCUCUGGAGGUGAUCAGGCAGCUGAAGGACUCCAUGGAGAUACAGAGGGCCCACAUGAGGUUGAGGCUGGUGCUUCCAGCCAAGGAUGGCAAAAGACUGAAGGAGAAGCUCAAACCCCUCAUCAAGGUGAUGGAAAGCGAAGACUUUGAUGACCAACUGGAGAUGGUGUGUCUGGUGGACCCGGGAUGCUACAGGGAGAUGGAUGAGUUAAUCCGCUGUGAGACCAAAGGGAAAGGUUCUCUGGAGGUGCUCAGUCUAAAAGAUGUGGAGGAGGGCGAUGAGAGGCUGGAGUAGCAUUGACACAGAGCCACGUGGG